AUGAGCCUGUGUGAAAAAUGCGGUUUGGCAUCUGAGUGUCGUGACGCCAAGGCGAUUGAGGAUACAAAGGUCGCAGUACCAGAGUUUCACUACGAGCCGAUUUUCCAACCCUCAGACCCGCACCACAACGAGACUGAGUACUACAAGAUUGAGGGUGAUUAUGUCAAGACGAUGGAGACGCUCGGGAAAACGAUUUUACAGGUUAAACCCGAGGCACUCACUGUGCUGGUGCAACAGGCUUUGGCCGAUGUACACCACUUCUUCCGCCGGGAUCACCUUGCUGGAUGGCGGCGCAUCCUUGAGGACCCCGAGGCCUCUGACAAUGAUCGCUUCGUUGCACAUACCCUCUUGAAGAACGCCUGCGUUGCCGCUGGUGGUGUACUUCCAUCGUGCCAGGACACUGGGACUGUGAUCGUUCUCGGAAAACGCGGUGAAACCUGUUGGACAGGCGGAGAAGAUGAAAAGUACCUUUCCAAAGGUAUUUGGGAUUGUUACGUGAACCGGUAUCUUCGCUACAGCCAGACAGCGGCGCUUGAUAUGUUUAAGGAGGUGAACACGGGAGAUAAUCUGCCUGCGCAGAUGGAUCUGUUGGCAGUACCAGGAAAUGAGUAUCACUUUAUGUUUAUUGCAAAGGGUGGCGGCAGCGCAAAUAAGUCAUUACUUUUCCAACAAACCAAGGCACUCCUGAACCCCAAGUCUCUCAGAGCCUUCAUUGAGGAGAAAAUCAAAGGCCUAGGCACGGCGGCGUGCCCCCCGUAUCACAUUGCCCUGGUCAUUGGUGGCACAAGUGCGGAGAUGACGAUGAAGACGGUGAAGCUUGCCAGCUGCCGUUAUUACGAUUCAUUGCCCACAACUGGUAAUAAGUACGGUCGCGCCUUCCGUGAUCUUGAGUGGGAGGAGAUUGUGAUGGAUGUUGCUCGCAAGUCCGGAAUCGGCGCACAAUUUGGUGGGAAAUACUUCGCUCACCAAGCCCGUGUAAUUCGUCUGCCACGCCAUGGUGCGUCCUGCCCCGUUGGCUUGGGGGUCUCCUGCAGCGCCGACCGCCAGAUACUUGCAAAGAUCACACCGGAGGGUUUAUUUGUGGAGAGACUUGUGCAAGAUCCUGCACAAUAUUUGCCGGACGUGCCGCUCUCCUCGCUGAGCACGAAUAUGGUGGAGAUUGAUCUGAACCAGUCGAUGAGCGAGAUCCGCAAGCUGCUCAGUCAGUAUCCUGUUACCACCCGCCUCAGCCUGACCGGGACGGUCGUUGUGGCACGCGACAUUGCCCACGCGAAGAUCAUGGAGCGCUUGAAUAACAAUGAGCCAAUACCCCAGUAUAUGAAGGACCAUCCGGUUUACUAUGCCGGCCCAGCAAAGACUCCAAAGGGGAUGGCCUCCGGCUCUUUUGGACCUACAACAGCGGGUCGCAUGGACUCUUACGUUGCACCCUUCAUGGCUGCCGGUGGCAGCUUCAUCACGCUUGCAAAGGGGAACCGCUCAAAGAUGGUGACUGACGCCUGUCAGAAGUACGGUGGCUUCUACCUCGGCAGCAUUGGUGGGCCCGCGGCGAUCUUGGCGCAGAAUAACAUCAAGAAGGUUGAAAUUUUGGAGUAUCCGGAGCUUGGAAUGGAGGCGGUUUGGCGCAUUGAUGUAGUGGACUUCCCCGCCUUUAUUGUUGUUGAUGACAAGGGCAACGACUUCUUUGCUAAACUCCUUUAA